GAGACAAUGUACUGCAGCUGGCGAUUGCUCCGGUGACGGCGUCGCAGAUCAAGCUGGCGUAGUUUGGGACGUUUUUGAGGUUGUUGGUGUGUGGUCCGAGCUGCAUUCCCGAGAGCAAGAUCAGGGAAGUUAUUGACGAUUAUCCGAUCACUUCUUUUCGGCCCUUGGUGCUGCAAGGGAGCUAUUUAGCCACAUAGAACUUGAAGAGUAUACACCAAAUAUCACCAGAUGCUGCUGGAUAAUGAGCAGUUCCUGACGUCACUGGCUCUGAUGUUCUACGAGGGCCGCAGCAAGGGCGCCGUCACCGUCACCAUGAAGCGAUAUGACGGCCGUAACCGUCCCGAGCCGCGGCCCGGCUCCAAGAACGCCGAGCGUAACCCGCUUCCCCGGCCCGAGCAGUACCUCUGCCUCGUGCGCGCCCGACUCCGGCAAAAGAAGAUCAGCACCGUGGUGUCGGGGGAGCAGGUAGACAAGUUCCAGGAGUCCUACACCAAGCUGCUGCUAUCCAGCAUGGACUCUCUAAAGCGCGUGAAAAAGCCGAAAACGACACGGAUGGCGCAGUAGCCGCCGCUGCUGCCAUCUACCGGGAGUGUUGGCACAUGUGAGCCGGCCGUGGCUGGGGCUGGGGCCGGGGCCGGUGCUCGCGGCUGCCCCCUGCGCGGCGACCGCCUCGGACCGUGACACGAGGCCGGCAUCUGGCGCACCGAGCCGCGCCAGGCAGCUGGUCGCCCACAUUCCGCCCCGGCCUGUCCGUCGGCCGUCUGUUUUAUCUGGAGGGAAUAUAUCCGUCGGUUCGUAC